AUGGAUCCCCAACCCUAUGAACAACAACAACACACAAUACCUCCUAAACCCCCAGAUAUUGAUCAAAGCAUGAUCAAAUCUAGCUUCAAAGAUAUGCUUACCACUUCGAACCCUUUACUCUUCACCAAUAUUGAAAAUCAUCAAGAUAUAGACCUCCUAAUGAUGGACUCAGAAGAUCAAGUAGUUGAUCAAUCAAUCUUAACGACCUCAAAGGGUAUCAAAUUCAUAACACUCUCUGAUGAGGAGAAGGUACGAAUCUAUGAGCCAUGGAAAAAUUCCAUCAUAGUAAAGCUAGUGGGCAAGCGUAUGUUACACCACUAUCUAAAGAGAAAAAUUCAAGAACUAUGGAAACCAACUGAAGAUUUCCAGUUGAUUGACCUUGGAGUAGAUUACUACAUAAUCAAAUUCAAGAAAAAGGAAAAUAUGGACAAGGUAAUGCAUCAAGGCCCUUGGUUCAUUAACGGACAUUUCCUCUCUAUUACUGGAUGGAAACCAAACUUUGUUUCCACUCAAGAGAAAGUCACAAACUCUGCAGUAUGGAUUAGACUUCCUCAAUUACCUACAGAAUUUUACGAUGGCAAAAUUCUGGAAAAAAUUGUUAAUGCAAUUGGCCGGCUCCUAAAAAUUGAUGUUUGCACAUCAACAAGUCUGAGAGGUCAUUAUGAAAGAUUAUGUGUGAAAUUACCAUUGAAAGCUCCAGUUCAACCGUUCAUCUAUGUUGACCACCACAAACAAGCAAUACACUACGAAGGUGAAAAUUUUCUUUGUGAAAACUGUGGACAAUUGGGGUACAUAGCACAAAAAUGCUCCUUUAUUAUUCAGAAAAAUAGAGAUAGAAAUAAUGAAGAUACAAGCAAGGAAUUAUCAACAAUUACAAAUGAUGGGAAAAAAGAACAAUGGACAACAAUUUCUUUUUCCAAAGGAGGACAUUGUUAA